AUGGGAGUGCUCAUGUCAAAGAAGCAGCAGGUGGAGAAGGUGCAGAAAUGCAACGCUGUCGUCUCCGCCUUCCAGCAAGGGCUGAAAGAUCGAGCCGCCAUGGCCGUCCAAGCGGAGGGGUUGGCAGAGGAUGGGGAGGGGCCUACCGAGACCUCAGCCGGUCUGAGCAAGAAGAGCGGUGAGGAGAUGGAACAGGGGGAGGCACACGAUGCUGCAGGUCCCUCCACCUCCCAGCAAACCCCGGCAACAGCAACCAAGGAUGAGUGCAAGGUCAACCAGGAGGCCUGGUCGAGGCUGAGAGACGGGAAAGGAGUCGAACCUGAAGAUCUGGACAAGAGCCAUCAGCUAACCCCUCCCACCUUUGUGCGACCCAAGAGGGAUGCCGACGAUGACCAGCCUGUCGAGAUAGAGCUGAGCCAGAGAGAGCAGCUGACCGAUGAUGAGAUGUGUGACGUCUGCGAGGUGUGGACUGCAGAUGACCUGUACCCCUGCAGGAUCUGCACCCGAGUGUUUCAUGACGGCUGCCUGAGGGAGCUGGGCUACCUGCGCACCGAAGCCCUGCAGGACAUGAGGGACACGGCCCACACCAUCACAGGCUGGAGCUGCUACUACUGCGACAACGUGAACCUGCUGCUGACGGAGGAGGAGAUGUACAGCCUGAUGGAGACCUUCAAACAGUGCAAGAUCAUCCCAGAAUCCUGCCUGGUGUCAGACGAGCUGCUGCAGUACCGCCACUUUGUGUCCAAGCAGCAGUUUGACAAAGACCUGACGGACGACCAGGAGGAGGAGGUCCUGGCCCAGUUCGCAGCUCUGGACCCGGAGAAGAAGGGUCAGAUCGAGUGGUCCGACUUCCUUUACUUCGAGUCUCUGGCGGUGCUGGGGAAGCUGCGCCCAGAGAACUCACUGGUUCGUCUGCUGACUGCCAAGGAGAGGGAUGCUGCACGAGCGGCAUUCCUGGGUUUGGAUCUGGACGAUGACGGCGUGAUCACCGGAGCCGAGUGCCGCCAAGCCCAGCAGUCCUGGUUCCACAAGCUCAGCAAAGAGCCCCAGUCCUGUAACGUGAGACUCAUGGGACUGUGCUCUCCUAUGAAUUGUGGGUGA